AUGGCAUUCAAUCGCUUUCGCCCGACGUCACACUUCAUCGCUCCCCAUUCAUGGAUGAAUGACCCCUGCGGCGCAAUAUACGUUCCAGAAACUCAGGAAUAUAUCGUCUGCUACCAAUGGAAUCCGGGAACUGCAGAUGGCGGGAACUCGGCCUGGGGGAUGGCCAAGAGCCGAAACUUAGUCGCCUGGGAGGACUGCUCUCCAGCUCUCAGGAAUGGAACCUCAUAUGAUCGUUUUGGAGUGUUCUCAGGAUCUAUGACAUCAAGUAUUGUUGAUGGAAGUAGAGUUCUGUUUCUGUUCUACACAAGCGUCUCAGCUGUGCCUAUACAUUGGUCAAAACCCUAUAUCAAAGGAUGUGAAAGCCAAUCCGUCGCCUUUUCAACAGACUUUGGGAGGUCAUGGCAUCGCUUUCAGAGCAAUCCGCUCUUGGCGAUACCUCCAAAAAGAGAAGCUACCACGGGAUGGCGUGACCCUUUCGUCUCAAAAUGGGAAGAGCUUUCCACUCUGCUUCAUGUCGACGCUUCAACAGACUACAUGUUGGUAGCUUCUGGGGAAAGAGGUCGCGGACCCCAACUUCAUAUUUACCAAUCUGACGAUCUGCUCGAUUGGCAAAUGGUAUCAGCCAUUCUCGAGGUCCCAGCUGGAUCUAAAAUCUCCCCAACGAGCAAGUUGGGAUUUGGCAUGAACUUUGAAUGUGCAAGUUUCUUCAGCUUUGGAGAAAGACAAUAUGUUAUCGUUGGCAUUGAGGAGGAUCACAGGAGCAAGCACCAUAGCUCUCGCUAUCUUCUCUGGAUGUCUGGUAAUCUCAUUAUGGAAGAUGGAAAACCAAGAUUCAAGAUCAAAAGCCAUGGCAUACUUGACCACGGAAUCUCGUACGCUGCACAUAUCUUCAGAGAUUCGGAAGGAAGAAUCACCCAGCUCGGAUGGGCAGAUGAGGAUGUCAAGCAAAAUGUAGUUUCUGAGCAAGGGUGGGCCGGCUGUCUAGCUCUUCCCAGAGAGUUGUACGAGAUAUCAAAACCACUCACGAAGGUGGGAGGAGAGGAGGAUAUCUGGAAACUUGACUACUGCUCAGGGACCAUGACGACUUUAGGAAUUCGACCAGCUACUCAAAUCUUUGCACUGCGAGACCGUCUCUGCCCCUCUUCACUCGAAAGGCUCAGCUCUCUUCAAUCAAGGAAUUUCAGCAUUCACGCAACAUUCAGACACUUGUCUGGAAAUGAGAGGUUCAUCUUCAAUGUCCGCCAAUCCCCCAACUCCACCGAAGUCACCAAAAUAAUCUUCGACAUCCAAGUUGGACUUAUCACCGUCGACAGAGCGCACUCAUCACUUGAAAACCUUGGCUCCAGUUCACCCGACUCCGGUCCCUUCCAUCUUCUCCCUACCGAGGAGCUCCAAAUCCAGAUCUUCGUCGACAACUCCAUCCUCGAGAUAUAUGCUAACGACCGAUUUACACUCACUUCUCGAAUCUAUCCGGGGCUGGAGACUUCUACUGGUGCUUCUUACGAUUUCGGGGCCUUUAAUGAGGAGAACGUGGAGUUCCGGUGCUGGGAAGGCUUGAAGAAUGCUUGGCCGAGUCGAAAGAUGGAGGAGAAUGACUUGGUAGACAUGGAUUCUCCAUUGGAGAUUAUAGAAGAGAAGAUAGUAAUCGUUUCCGAAGACUUGGUAUUGGACUUGAUUCCUUCGGGGUAA